CAAUCACACAAGCGCAGCUGGUCCAUACAUACAUAAAGAUACAUAUUUAUAUAUUUACAUACAUAUGUACAUACGUGUGAAACAGAAAAAAACAGAUCGCAUUUCCAUCUAUUAUUCACUAUAUAGUAUAAAUAUAUCAGUCAAAGUCUCCCCAACUACCGUCCACUGCUGUUGUGUCUCUCUGUCUCUCUCCCUGCCAUCUCCUUGUCCACCGUGUGCAAUCAUAUGAAAUCCUCCACAACAUCUAACAUUAUGGAUAUUUGGCGCUCGCUCACAGUUGGCUCAUUUCUGCUGCUGGGACUCGUGUGCUUCUAUGGCCAUGUGGAGUCGUGCAAUGAAGUCGUCUGCGCAUCCAUCGUAUCCAAGUGCAUGCUGACGCAGAGCUGCAAAUGCGAGCUCAAGAACUGCUCCUGCUGCAAAGAGUGUCUCAAGUGUCUGGGGAAGAAGUACUACGAGGAGUGCUGCAGCUGUGUAGAGCUCUGUCCCAAGCCGAAUGACACGCGCAAUUCGCUGUCAAGGAAAUCUCAUGUCGAAGAUUUCGAUGGUGUGCCGGAGCUGUUCAACGUAUUGAUCACAAAUCCGGAUGACAGUGAUACUUUCGGCUACAAUUGGAAUGUGUUCACGUUUCAAGUGGAUUUUGACAAGUACUUGAAGGGUCCCAAACUCGAAAAGGAUGGCCAUUAUUAUUUAAGAACAAAUGAUAAAAAUUUGGAUGAAGCAAUACAGGAGCGAGACAAUAUAGUUACAGUUAAUUGCACGGUAAUAUAUCUGGACCAGUGCGUUUCCUGGAAUAAGUGUCGAAAGAGUUGUCAGAGCACAGGUGCCAGCAGUACCAGAUGGUUCCACGACGGCUGCUGUGAGUGCGUGGGAUCGACAUGUAUUAACUACGGUGUUAACGAGAGUCGCUGUCGAAACUGUCCCGAAUCUAAGGAUUUGGGCGAUGAUUUCGAUGAAAACAUUGAGGAGGAGAUGCAGGACUUUGGCGACAAUAUGGGUCCUUUCGAUGGAUCAGUAAAUAAUAAUUAUUGAGAGCAGUGCGAUCAAAUGCCAUUUAAAGAACAGUGAAAACAUUUAACAAAUUUAGCUACUCAAUACAGUGACAUUAUUAUUACGUAGUACGAAGUAAUAUUUGUAUAGCACUAUUAUUAUUAUUUUUUAUUUAAAAAAUA